AUGCCAGAUCACUUCAACUCACAUCCCAUUCAUCAAUGCUUAACUUAUGAGCUAAAAUCAGACAAACAAACUCAACCCAAUUCGAUCUCAAUCAUUUCAACCCAUUUACAAUCCUCAUUCGCAUUUCAUAUCUCAUUGAAUUUAUUAUUAAACCAUCGAUCCGCUCAUGAUGAAUAUAUCAUCAUCAUCAUACCUAAAUCUCAAGCCGAUUUCAAUCAGCAAAUAAAUCUAGAAGCAGAUGCUCAUCUGUCCAAUUUGGAUCCUCAGCUUACUCUCUUGCUUGGAAAUGUCCAAUUCUGGUGA